ACAUCGGGUAAACUCGUAGUGUCGCUGGAGCUUGUACUUAUCGCUGGGUUUGCAGAAGUUGUGGUAUGUUGUUGUCUACCUGCUAUGCUUAUGCGAUUAUAUGCAUGCGUAUUUUAAUUGGUCGUAAUCGUUCGCGUUAACGUGGUCGUGUUUACAACAUUCUGGAAAUGCUUCUCUUUGUGCGUUGUUGUACGUCCUUCGAAGUUCGUCAGUGUGGCAUAUCUAAAGAGAAAAUAAGGUGCCAAGAGUUUGAGCGUAAAAUAUAUUUUUCUCGCUUUGUGACCUGACAUCUGUACGUCUGUUAUUGUGUCAGUCAAUAAUCCUAUAUAUUCUCUUUUGUCAUGUAUAAUAUAUAAGUACGUUUGUUUGUAUUUAUUUGCUUAUUUGUGAUAAUCACGUAUAUAAUCUUAUACGUUGGAUGGAUGAGGUCGUGAUUUUAUGUGUGUAUGAAUGUUUUUAAAUGAAUAUUUCAUUGAAGUUUGUCAGUUUGAAUUAAUCGAAGUAUUAUGGCCCGUUAAAACAGCAAGUCGCAAGUUGCUUUAGUCCGUCCCGUCUGUUAUGGUUUAAGUACUGAUCCUGUUAACUGGUGACAAGCGCGUUCAAGCGGGAAGGACUCUCUUCUUGCAGAAGACGGAAGCAGAUUUGUCCAGUAUGGCGACCCAAGUAAUAUAAAAGAGGCCAGCGACUGGAAAUCUGUAAGUCCUCCUGGUAUAAAAAGGGAGUGACGCAGGAAAAAUGGCAUCUGAAGAAGAUGGCUUUCCUCCACCCAGCGUGUUCACCAUGGAGUACUCCUCCUGGGGUGUGCGCUGUGCCUUGAUCGGUGUGGGUUUCACGUUUUACAGUGUGGUAUUCCUCCUUUCCCACAUCGUCUCGGCCACCUGCUUCCAGACAUACAGCCUCCUGUUGGCUAAGGAGAAGGUGUUCUGGGACCUGGCGGCUACGCGGGCUGUGUUUGGGGUCCAGAGCACGAUAGCUGGCCUUUGGACACUCACCCAGGACAGCGCCUUGUCUGCGGACAAGGUGGCCGGCCAGGAGGACUGGUCCUGGUUUAACAUCCUGACGGCCACGGGCUUCUUCCUGUUCGAGAAUGUGGCGCUGCACAGCUCCAACGUGGCGUUCAGAACCUUGGACCUACCCCUGGCCACACACCACUUCUUCGCCUUGUCUGGGUAUGUGGGGGCUGUGGUGUGGGACUCUGUGGGUCACUUCCUCCCCAUGGUGACGCUUCUCCUGGAGAUGAGCACCCCAUUCACCUGCAUCUCCUGGAUGUUCCUCAAGGCCGGCUGGGCCCACACGCUGUUCUGGAAGAUCAACCAGUGGAUAAUGAUCCACAUGUUUCACUGUCGCAUGGUGCUGACUUACUACAUGUGGUGGGUGAGCUGGCAUCACUGGGACGGCAUCGCGCUCAACGUGGCCCUCCCCCAUCGCCUGCUCUAUUUCACCGGCCUGGCUCUGCUCACUGUCUUAAUCAACCCCAUCUGGACACACAAGAAGACCAUGCAGCUUCUCACACCAGUUGACUGGAACUUCAGGGAAGAACCAAACCAUAACAUAAAGAGGAGAGGAGCAGGUGCCGAGGCCAACAAGCCCCACUCCAGUUAGUCUGGCCAGGAAGUGAUGAAGCAUUUAGUCUCGGCCUGCCUGUGAAGGCUUUUUAGCGGGUCUGCACUGCACCUGCAAGCUGUGGGUGUGUUUAUUUUUGACGUGAGUUUAUCUUGGUUUCAGAGGCCAGUUAUUUGCAUGACUAAUAUCUGGGUUUUGAACUUCUGUUUUUUUGGAAGGUGUUUAGGUUAUAACAUGCAAGCACAUUUGCACAGUUAGCCAUGCAGCAGCGACGUAUAGAUCUCACAUUCACCACCAAGUGUUGAACAAGCCUUUUCUCUUUCUAUUUAAACGUAAAUGGCAUAAUUUUUCAGUGCCCUGUUGUACUGAUGACCUCAGGAUGCCCCUCUCUGUCAUUCUGUUGUGCUCAGCUUAACUUAAUUCUUAACUGAACAUGCCCUUUGACUUCUUCCUUCAAAGGAUAUUUCAACUUGCAUUUGACCAACAAAAUGGAAAAAGAGGAAACAAAAAAAAAACAUCUGCUGAAUUAAUUCUGUAACCACAGCCUUUGUUAUUGCAACGUCCUGAUAUCGCUGUUAUUUUGCACUUGAAUUACUGGUCUGUCAUAUGUCAUCUUUUAAAUUGCUUAUAUUUAUGCAAGUUUUUAUAUAUAUAAUAUUGUUAUGGGACCCCAGUACAUUUCUUUUUAAUUUUGGAAAAUGUUGUUCUGGCUGUUAUGUAGAAUGUGCCUCUAUGAAACUUCCAGUACUUCCCCGCUCCAUAUUACAUGGAAAGGAUUGGGAAGUAUUGGGACACUGGCCAUUACACACACAGGCACAAUUUAUACCAAAACAUCUUGGACAAUUCUAUGCUUCCAAGUUUGCUAGAGCAGUUUGGGGAAGGCGGCCCUUUUCUGUACCAGUAUGACCGUAGUGCACAAAGCAAGGUCCAUAUAGACAUGGUUGGGUGAGUUUUUUGUGGAGGAACUUGACUGGCCCACACAGAGCCCUGACCUCAACCCCAUCGAACACCUUUGGGAUGAACUAGAACUGAGAUCGUGAGCCAGGCCUUCUCGUCCAACAUCAGUGCCUGACCUCACAAAUGCUUCUGUGGAUGAAUGGGCCAAAAUUCCCAUAGAUACACGUCCCAGGAGAGUGGCAGCUGUUAUAACUGCAAAGGGGGAUCAACUCCAUAUUGACGCCUAUGGAAUUAGAAUGGGACGUCAUAAAAGCUCCUGUGGGUGUAAUGGGCAGGUGACCCAAUACUUUUGUCCAUAUAGUGUAGGUUUUUGACCAGAGGUGUGCAGUUUAAUUACUGGUGUUUCUGUGCAUCUUUUGGUUUCAUAAGGUGCUUUUGCUAAAUUUAUCAAAGAACAAGGACCGAUUUUGCUGUAACCCAAAGCCGCCAUGUGAUUUAAAAGAGGAAUAACUCUACGAUGGACCUUUCCUGGUGACAGUCUCUCUGCUGGCUGCAGCACGUGUCACAUCUUAUGACUGCAACAUGAUAUUUGUCAUAUUAAAGGUCAGUCAUUGUUUUUUUUCCCCCUUCCACUGAUUAUCGUGUUACCAUGUAUUGUAGCUGGCCAUAGGAGAAUUUAACAGAUUCAAUUAUUGCAGUAUUCUAUGGUCAGGCAAAUACCCCCAGUGUUCUUAUCAGAUGUUACAUGUUACACAAGGGACAUGAGAGCAACCAUGAUAUAGAUUGCAGACUGCCCCCGCUCCAUCAGUACAAAGCUGGACACUUGCUUCAUUGUGGUGUUUCGCAUGCAGGUGAAGCGCAUGCGAUGAGGGGGGGGUGUGUCCCCCGGGGUGUGUCCCCCGGGGUGUGUCCCCCGGGGUGUGUCCCCCGGGGUGUGUCCCCCGGGGUGUGUCCCCCGGGGUGUGUCCUGAAGGCACAGCUCUGGCUUGUUAAUGCUUCAUGAAAACGGGUUCAUCUGAGAUCCCCUUGUUUUGUGAAAAUGCUCAGUUUUUGUGUGUCUUUCUACUGUAAAUGUAGAAGUGUAGAAUGUCCCCCUGAUUGUUUAGCUGACAUCCUUUAUUUCUGAUCCCCGUUGUUGUUGUUUAAAAGGCCUAUGAUGUACUUUUUUUUUUUUUGCUAAACUUGAAGUAAACAAAAAGUGUUAUUCUGCCUAUACAUAGUAAAUGGAUUGUAUAGCUACCGAUUUUCCACACUCAAUAGCCACCUCCCUUGUAUGCCUCUUUGUUUUUCAGUAAACUGAUUCCUUUGUGAGUAAAAUUGUUUUACUUAAAGGACCACAGCUAAUUUAGUACAAUACUCUCUGGCAAUUAAAACAAGAACCAAAAGUCUGGUUGAACGUCACACCAAUAUAUUCACUGGCAGUAUACUUACCUUAAGUAAUUAUCACCAUAAGUAAUAAUUAAAAUGUACAAAUGUUUGAUUUAUUCAAAAAAUUCAUUCAUACAAUUCUUUCAGUUGUAGUGAGUGUGAAGUGUUUGAGAUUUUAAUUACCUGUGGUCAAGGGCAUAGCUUUUGGUUGAGGGGGGGGGGCAGUGUCUACAUUUAAGGGGGCCUGGGGGGGGUUGUUUUGGCUGGUUUUGAUUAUCGGGUUGGGGGGUGGUAGCAACAGAUUAUGUAAUAAUGCAGCAUUAUGUAAUAGCUCGAUAGAAUGUAACAAAUUGAAUGAUGGUAAUAAUUAACAAUAACAAUAGGGCGAUGACGCAAUCUAAAAUUAUGAUGUCUAUAACUUUGUAACAUUUUGUCGAGCCAUUACACAAUGUUACACGGUGUGUGACAGCGCAUCAUGUAAUAAUCAUAUUAUGUGAUUACAUUUUGUAGAGUUGUUACAUAAUGUGGUGUAACAACCCCCACCCCAUAAUUUAUAAUUUAUCACAUUUAAUCAUAGAUUACCACAGGCGUGGUAAAUUAUGAUAAUUAAACAUCCUGUGAACAGUUUACACGCAUUGCUUCAAUGGCUGCCUUUUAAAAUCUUCCAUGUUCUGGACAUACUGCACAGCACUGUACUAACAUGGUAAAGAUCUCUAUUAAGGUGUGUAAUAAAAAAUACAAUUUUUAA